GCGCUCGUCCAAUAGAAAGUCAGUUCAAAUUUUGAAUGUCAAGAGCGAUCGGUUACUCAGUCCGUUUGAAUGCAGUUUAUCUCUGAAUGGAUUAAUAAUGACGGAAGAAUCAGCAGUUAAAGUUUGUGUUAGGGUCAGACCUCUCAUUAAAAGGGAGGAAAGUGAGAGUUCAGAGCCUGUGCAGUUAUUCUGGAGAGCAGACAAACAGAUCAUUCAUCAGCUGGACGACGAUGGAAAUCAAACCAAGAGCUUCAGUUUCGACCGUGUGUUCAGUGCCAACGAGUCCACAGCUCAACUUUACCAGGACAUCGCCAAACCUCUGGUCGUCUCUGCUGUCGAGGGUUAUAAUGGGACAAUAUUUGCUUAUGGCCAAACAUCAUCUGGAAAGACCUUCACCAUGAUGGGUAGUGAACAUAACCCUGGUGUCAUACCUCUCGCCAUGGCCGACGUCUUUAAAACCAUCAAAAAUUGUCCAAAGAAAGAGUUUCUUCUGCGUGUAAGCUACAUGGAAAUAUACAACGAAACGGUCACUGAUUUACUUUGUGAGAGCUGGAAGAGGAAACCUCUGGAAAUCCGUGAAGGAAAUUAUAAAAACGUAUAUGUAGCUGAUCUGACAGAGGAGUUGGUGACAUCACCCGAGCAGGCGCUGUCCUGGAUCACCAAAGGAGAAAAAAACCGCCAUUAUGGAAAAACAAAAAUGAACCAGCGUAGCAGCCGUUCUCAUACAAUUUUCCGCAUGAUUUUGGAAAGCCGAGAGAGAAAUGAUGAAAAUGCCGAUGGUGCCAUUAUAGUGUCACACCUGAAUUUGGUGGAUCUGGCUGGUGCGGAGCGGGCGAGUCAGACUGGAGCAGAAGGGGCACGCUUAAAAGAAGGCUGCAACAUAAACCGCAGUUUGUUCAUACUGGGUCAAGUCAUCAAAAAACUAUCAGAUGAAAGUCAAAAGGGCUUCUUGAAUUACAGAGACAGCAAACUCACCCGAAUCUUACAAAACUCUUUGGGUGGAAAUGCAAAAACUGUCAUCAUUUGCACAGUCACUCCCGUCACUGUUGAUGAGACCAUAAGCACUUUACAGUUUGCUAGUGCAGCCAAACGCAUGAAGAAUGAUCCUCAUGUUACGGAGGUCUCAGAUGAAGGAGCUCUCCUGAAAAGAUAUCGUAAUGAGAUUGUUGAUCUGAAACGACGUCUUCAAGAGGUUUCCUGUGUUACUCAAACGACUGCUACUGAACGUGAGUCACUGUGUCAGCUGCUCCAGGAGAAAGAUCAGCUCCAGAGAGACCAGGAGGACCGAAUCAAGAACUUAACCAAGCUGCUAGUUUCUGCAUCAAACGUUGCUAUAAUCCCCAAGGUUCCUAAACGAAGAGUGACGUGGGCUGGGAAACUACUGAGACCAGCUCAUCUCCUGAAUGAACGUCACAGAUCUACAGAAAUGAGCUUCGCUGAGCCAUACAGCAAGAAGAGACGAGGAGACUUCUCUCUGCCCGAGGAUGGAGAGGAUCUGGAUGAGCUUGACAGCCGCUUUGAGUUUACGGGUAUGGAUGAGCCCGACAUGGAGAUGAGCAACAUCACCGUCCGCAGUUCCUCUGAGGGUGCUAAUAUCUUGGACUCACCUCGAGCGAUUGAGCUGAUGAUGAAGGUGGCGUCUCUAAAGCGUCAGCUGGAGGCCGAGACUCAGAGCAAACUAACAGCUGAAGAGAAAAGCACUGAACAACAGCUGAAGAUCUCUGAAUUGGAGCUGAAGGUGUCAGAGCUGGAGAAAUCUUCUGAAGCCCUCACACAGUCUCAGCACACCUUUAAACAGGCGAACCGAGAUCUGGAGGAUGCCAUUCAAAUCUGUGAGAGAUUAGGGUUUGAGAAGGAUGCUGUUAUUGUGGAGCGAGACCUUGUGAAACACACACUGGAGCUUCUGAACCAAAACCUGGAGAUUGUGAAGGCAGAAAAGGAUUCGCUGAAAAAAGAAAAAGAUGCUCUACAGAAGGAGAUCGAGGAGAGGAGAGAUGCUGAGGAGUUUGAGAAACUUGAACAGGAGAGCAAGAGAGAAUAUGAGAGAGAGUUAGAGGCAGAAAUCAGCAGACUGCAAGAAGCCUCAAAGCAAUCAGAAGACAUCAUCCAGAAACUACAGGCGGAUCUGCUGCUGAUGUCCUCAGAGCUCAAGAAGAAGACAGACCUUACAACUGAACUCCAGACUUUUAGUGACAAGGAUCUUGUAAAGGAAGUGACACAGCUGCGCCGCUCGUUGGACGACGCCGAGUGUCUCAGUUUGGAGACUAAGAAGGAGUGGGCUUUUCUGCGAAGUGAAAACAUUUCUCUGAGAGAGCGAGACGUGACACUGACUGCAGACCAUGAGAAGAUGGAAGUUGAAGUGAAAAGUCUUCAGGAGAAGCUGGAGCAGGAGAAAUCUCGCUUCAGAAAAAUGCAAACAGAUCUUCAGAAAGAACUGAUGGGCGCGUUUGAUGAAAACACCAAACUGACAGCACUCCUGGAUGGAAAGGUCCCAAAAAAUCUGACAGAUAACAUUGUGCUGGAGAAAAGCGUUUCAGAGCUGCGUUUAAAGCUGGAUCAGAGUCAUGAACGAGAGCGAUCUCUGCAGUGCAAGAUUGAUGAGUUAGAAACACUUCCUGUUAAAGUGGAGGAAUUACUGAAACAGGUGUGUGUUCUGACAGAGGAGUUGUGCUCUGUGAAACAAGAGAAAGAAGCGUUGAUGUCCAUUCAGUCCAGAUUAAAUGAAGAUCAAGAGAAACUGGAGUCCGUUCAAGAGCAGCAGCUGAAGAUGGAGAGUGAUUUGAUUGAUGCUCAGCUGAAGGAACAUGAGCUCACUCAACAGCUCACAGAGACAUCACAAGAGCUCCAGAAGAUCCAGACUGAUCUUCAGCACAUCACACAGGAGAACAGUACGCUCCUCACAUCUUUAAAGGAGGUCACACAGAAGUCCAUUCAGUUGGGUGAAGAACUUGAAGGUGUUUGUGCUGAAAGAGAUGAGCUUCGGUCUGAGAAAAUGGAGGGAGUUCAGAAGAAUCCGGAAGAGAUGGAAAAUCUGCGUCUCACUAUCGGCUCGAUAACUGAAGAGAGAGACCAACUGCGGGAGAUGGUACAGGUCCUGAGAGAGGAGAGAGACCAGCUCAAGACUGACAUGGAGGAAAACGUUGAGAUGAUGAUUGAGUCUCAAGCUGAACUCAGAGAUGCUCAGGUGAAGGUGAAAGAACUUCAGGGGAAACUACAAAACCUGGACUCAUCCAGAGUUCAGACGAUUGACCCAUGUGAGCAAAGAAACCAUGAAGAUGGACAACUAGAGAACCUUCAAGAUCAGAUCAGACAGCUGGAGAAGCAGCUCAGCAUUGUAUCUGGUGAGAAUGAGCGUCUGUUGUUGGAGAGAUCUGAGAAUCAUGAAGCGUUGGAGAAGAUUCAGAUGAACAUAUCGUCUUUAACAGAGGAGAAAGAUCGGCUCCAGGAGAGAGUAGAGGAGCUUCAGAGAGACAACCACCAGCUGAAGAAACAUCUGGAGGAGAACAUUGAGAUGGUUGCGACAGAAUCACAGGAACAACAGCAGCAGCAGAGAUCCAGUGAGGAGAUGAUGACUGAACAACAGAUUGAGACACUAAAGAGAGAGCUCGAGACACUGACAGAGGAGAGAAAUCAGCUGACAGUAAAUCUUCAGGAAACAUCUCAACAGGUGUGUGUUCUGACAGAGGAGUUGUGCUCUGUGAAACAAGAGAAAGAAGCGUUGAUGUCCAUUCAGUCCAGAUUAAAUGAAGAUCAAGAGAAACUGGAGUCCGCUCAAGAGCAGCAGCUGAAGAUGGAGAGUGAUUUGAUCGAUGCUCAGCUGAAGGAACAUGAGCUCACUCAACAGCUCACAGAGACAUCACAAGAGCUCCAGAAGAUCCAGACUGAUCUUCAGCACAUCACACAGGAGAACAGUACGCUCCUCACAUCUUUAAAGGAGGUCACACAGAAGUCCAUUCAGUUGGGUGAAGAACUUGAAGGUGUUCGUGCUGAAAGAGAUGAGCUUCGGUCUGAGAGGAUGGAGGGAGUUCAGAAGAAUCCGGAAGAGAUGGAAAAUCUGCGUCUCGCUAUCGGCUCGAUAACUGAAGAGAGAGACCAGCUGCGGGAGAUGGUACAGGUCCUGAGAGAGGAGAGAGACCAGCUCAAAGAAGAUCUGGAGGAGAGCAAUGGCCUGCUUCUACAGGUGCAACAGGAGAACGCAAGUCCACAGCUGCAGUCUGACAUCACACAAGAACUCAAACAGCUGAAGGAGGAACUGGACGCUGUGAAUGAAGAGAAAAAACAGCUGAAGUCUGAUCUACAGGAGAAUGUGGAAAUGAUGAUUGAGAAUCAAGAAGAGUUAAGAGCAGCUCUAGAGAAAGAAAAAGAUCUGCAGAAGACAAUCCUGGAGCUAAAGGCCAAACUCCAGAACUCUGAACUGGAUGAGCUUCACGAGCAGGUAAAGCAGCUGAGAGGCGAGCUGGAGAGCGUUUGUUCUGAGAGAGAGCGUCUGCUGUCUGAGAGGAACCCGAGUUCACUCGAUGAGUCUGACGUGAUGGAGAAGAUGAAGAGCAACAUCACCUCUCUAACAGAGGAGAGAAACCAACUGCAGGAGAUACUGCAAACCCUCAGAGAGGAGACGGAGGAGAUGAAGAGAAACCUGCAGGAGAAACAUGAGAUGAUGUUGCAGUUCAGAGAAGAGCUUCAGUCUGCUGCUGUUGAAAAAGAUCAGCUCUUAUCUGAGAGGACCAGACAUGAAGAAGAGAUGGAGAGCUUGAGAUCUGUAACUGUGGAAAGAGAUCAGCUCCUGGAGACUCUUCAGACGCUUACAGAAGAACGAGAACAGCUUAAGAGAGACCAACAGGAACAAGACCAGAUGCUGGUUGACUUGAGAGAGCAGCUUCAUUUAGCUUCUGCUGAGAGAGACGUCCUUCUCUCAGAGAAAACUAAAAGUGAUCUGGAGAGCAGGACGCUUCUCACCUCCAUCACUGAGGAGAAAGAGCAGCUUCUGGAGAUGCUGCAGAGCAACAGAGAAGAGAAGAACCUGCUGAAGAAAGACCUGGAGGAGAAGGAUGAGCUUAUCCUGGAGCUUCAGUCGACCUGUGCAGAGAAAGAGCAGCUGCUGUCUGAGAGAAGCCGAGAUCAUCAGGAGGAGAUCAGAGCGACUCAGGAGAACAUCUCGACUCUGACCGAGGAGAAAGAUCAGCUUCUGCAAACGCUGAAGAUUAUUCAAGACGAGAGCGAGCAGUUGAAGAGAGAGCAGCUUGAGAAGAGCGAGACGAUUAUGCAGCUGAAACAGCAGCUGAUGUCCACGUGUGCAGAGAGAGAUCAGCUUCUAGAUGAAAAACACAAGUGUGAAACAUCCAGCACCUCCUCUGCUAUGACAUCAUCAUCAUCAUCAUUAUGUGAGGGAGGAGAUCACCUCCAGGAGAUUCUGCAGGGUGUGCGAGAGCUCAUCCAGGGCCAAGGCGAGCUAAAACUGAAGAAACUGAAGAGUCCAACAAACCAGCAGAGCCCUCAGAUUGAGCAGAUUCAAGUUCUCAGUAAAGAGUUGGAGUCUUUGAGAAAUGAGAGGAUGGUCCUGAGGAGAGACCUUCAGGAGGCUGCUGAGAUUUCCAAAACCUAUCAGGAGUUACUUCAUGUUACUAAAGAGGAACUGAAGCAACAGCAGAAAGAGAAUUCAGAUCUCAUCGCCCAGAGUUUGGCUGAGGAGUCUCGACUCCAGUGUCAGUUGACACAGAUGGGUGAAGAUCUUUUGGCUUUGAGGUCUGUAAGAGAUCAACAGGACACAACGAUCCAAAACCUCGAGUCCCAGCUCGCCUCACUCACCAAACACAAGGACGAGCUCCAGGAAACCUUGGAGAGGACACGAGAGGAGAGUGAGCAACUGAGACGUGAUCUUCAACAAAGCCAACUGAUGAGCACGCAGCUGUCUGAGGAGCUGAAGGAGCAGCUGGAGAAUGAGAAGACUCGCACUGAACAGAUCCUUGAGACGUCAAGAGAAGUCAAUGAGGAAAGAGAUCAACUGAGACAACAGCUGGAGGAAAAGAUGAAGCGGCUGACACAUAUUGAGUCACGAGCAGGAGAACUGGAGAAGCAGAAGAUUCUUCUGGAGUCUGAGGUUCAUUCUCUGAGCCAGUCUCUUAAUGAAGUAAACUGCAGUGUAUCUUCUGUAACGGAUCACAGUAAACUGCAGUCCCAGCAGACAUCUUCAGAUAUAAUCGCUGAGAUCAAUUCAUCUGAUGAGAAGCUGCAGAUGGCCGUCAGAAAGCUCCAGAACAUCGUCGAGCAUCCAGUUGAUUGUUUAGCUGACGUGAGCCGUGCCGAAUGGACUCUGAUCUACCAGCUGCUACCAUUUAUCCCAAAAUCUCAGAGAAGAGUCCACGUGGAGCACACCAAGAAAAUUAUGCAACUGAAUCACGCUCUUCUCAGUACUGCGGAGUCGUACAAAAGACUUGCAGAACGCUACAAGACUCGCUUUGAGACGGAGAUGCAGCGUGAUGUGACAUCGUUUGAGGAGAGCAGAAUACAGGACCUUCUCCUCGCGGCUCGUGAUCCAUCACAGUCACUUCAGCACGAUUUCCAGCAGGUCUGGGAUCAGAGAUUGUCACAUCUGUUGGAAAGACGUGGACAGUAUCUGCAGAAACUGGAGAGUGCUUUAAAGGUUUUGGAGGAGAGUUUGGCCCAACACAUGGUGAUUGUGUCAGAGGAACGUCAGAAGAGAUCUCGAGUGAUCGAGGAGCUCAGUCUUCUGCUCAGAUCUCCAGACACCAGCGCUAUCAUUCAGCUGUUCGAGAGAGACGCUCUUCUCCGCACUGAAGCCACCCAGCGUCUGAAAUCUCUUCAUGUGGCUCUGCUGGAUCAAUGUGACGCUGAGCUCGUCCUCCUCAAAUCUGCCUCUGAUAAAUCUGAGGAGCGCUUGAAGGAGCAGAGAAGGGAAACUCUGACUCUACUGCGAACCCAAGAUGACGUCCGUCCCAAAACUGAGGUUGAACUUCUGCAGGACAAUCGUCGUCUGUCCCUUGAGCUUCAGCAGACACAGAGACAGAUGGAGGUGAUUGAGAUGCAGAUGAAGAACUUGAAGGCCCAGGCUGAUGUUUCAAACCAGAAACACCUUCAGGAACUUAAUGUCCAACUCAAAGAGAAGGAAGCUCUCAUUCAGAACCUACAGGCCAAACUGAAAGAGUCGGAGGCACGUGCUAAGCGAGACAUGACACCUGCUGCUGUUGAACUGGAGGCCUUAAAGGACAAACUUGUUAAAAUGGAGCUGGAUCACAUCGCCGUCACCACGACUCAUGAGAAAGAACUGGCACAGAUGAACUCAAUGCUGGAACACAGAGCAGACGUCAUUCGCAAGCUGAAAGAGACGCUCAGGAAAAUCCAACAGGAUGAUGAGCAGUCAUUCGUUGAUGGAGAUGAAUUUGACCUUCAGUUGAUCUCCAACAUGCGAGCGGUCACGUCUCUUAAAGAGAAGAAGGUGGAAGAGCUGCAAAAGAAGAACGCUCAGUUUGAAAGUAUUGUGAGUAAGCAGCAGGACGAGAUUAUGAAGUGGAAGCGUCGGGCGUAUAAGAUGAAGGAGAGUAAGAAAGACGGUCCAUGCACACCAACCAAACAUCAGACGCUGCUCACAGAGACUGAAGUCAAUUCUCCAAAGAGGAUUCUGGACUCUCCUAAGAACAAAUUCUUUGAUAUGCGAUCUUCUGGACCGGUCUCACUAAGCGGUCCAACGCGAUUCUUUGAUAACUCGGCCCUUGGGACUGUUCCAGAGGUGUCGUGUGUGCCAGCUGAACCUGUCAUGGAGUUUACAGACAGUGAUGAUGAGGAUUGUAGCAGCAGUUCAGUUGUGGGUUCUGGUGAAGGUCCAGUUGAAGAUUGGUGGCAGAUUCCCAACGUUUCUCCUUCCAAACCAAACACCAAUCAAUGCCCAACACAGUGAAGACUCCAGAAACACUUCACUUCUCUUCCUAAUGUCAUUCCUGAAUCCUUCAGUAGUGUGGAAUACAGUCGUUCAGUUUACUUGUUUGUUUGUCUUUCUGUAAUGUAAAUAAAGUUUGUUGUUUUAAAUGUGA